AUGGAGAACGCACCAUCGGACAAUGCAGAGGGUUGGUUCGAACAUGUCAUUGUGCUGGAUAUCGCUAUGGAUAUCGACACAUCACCGAUUACCAGGAUGAGUCUUACUACAACCUGCGAGAACGGCAGUGACCCGGAGUUGAAGUGUGUCCGCGAGUUUUGCCAAGCAAUCCAAUGA